GUACACAAUGACUCAAAAACUAACCGAAGACGAAAUUAAGGCAUUAAAACCCCAAUCAUGGGAAUUAGUUCCAGAAGGUGACGCCAUAAAAAAAUCUUUUAAAUUUAAAGAUUUUAAUGAAGCCUUUGGGUUUAUGACUAGAAUUGCUUUGAGAGCCGAUAAAGUUGGUUUAUUCAUUCAUUUGGAAAAUAUUAAUCAAAUCACUUAA